CCGAAGGGGCCUAUCCGCAAAAAGCCGCGCCGUGCGGUGGGGGUGCGCGGUGCGCCUCCCCCCGGCAACUGGUGGGCGUCGUCCUCCUCUUGUGCGCACCAGGUUCCUCCUCCUCUCUCUCUCUCCUCCAUUCCCGCACCCUCCGUCGCGACACAUCGCCCCAGCCAGAAUUCCCCCUUGCUGUCAUCUCCUCCCCCAAAAGCCGCACCGAUCCAGCAGCUUCCUCACAACCCAACCCAGGUUAUUCUGUAGGAACAUAUCAAAAUCAAUUUAUGGGAAAGACGCAACGCUUGUCCACAAUUCUUGAUGAGGAGGUGUGAUCUGAGACAGUCUCACAACAGCAGGGUUUCUGGAGGAAUGUCAUCCUCUUUACCUAUUCUGCCAAAUUCUCUGAAAGAAACCUUCCAUGGGCCUUACAAUCCGCAGCUCACUCCGAUGCAAAGGCAACUGACGAGUGAUCUUGUGCCCUUACAUCAGAGUGCACUUCCGUCUGCUACUUUGCACCCAAGAGCUGGGGCUAUGAGAUCAUCAUAUGCAGCCUCAUUAGGAUACUCACCUAAUCCUCUUGAUUCUGCGCUUAACCAUGAGAGGCAGUCUAUGGUUGCUCCUUUUGCUCCUCAGCCAUCAAAUAUUGAAGUAUUUCAGACCUUAUCUAAUAAUAUCCCUGGAGGACACACUGAGGCAACUUGGUUCCCAGGUUCGGCUGAUGGUUUAUCAGAUUACAGGGAUAACAUCCCUGCUUCUGGUAGUCAGAUCCAGAAUGGCGGUCCUGCUGUGACAUCUGAUGUGGUUGCUAAACAAAAUGAAUGGUGGGCAGAGAUAAUGAAUGAUGAUUGGAGAGAUAUUCUAGAUGCAACGGCUGCUGAUCCCCAGUCAAAGCCUUCCAAUUCGUCUGCAUCACAGCCUGCUGUCAACCAGCCAGCUUCAUCUCAUGGUGGAGAGAUUUGCAAUGUAGCUAGUCCUCCCAAUAGCAACUCUGCAGCCAAACAACGGAUGAGGUGGACUCCAGAACUCCAUGAAUGCUUCGUAGACUCUGUAAAUAAGCUUGGUGGUAGUGAAAAAGCUACUCCCAAGGGUGUGCUGAAGCUUAUGAAAGUUGACGGUUUGACAAUAUAUCAUGUGAAAAGCCAUCUGCAGAAGUACCGAACAGCUCGCUAUAAGCCAGACCUAACGGAAGGUACAGCAGAAAAAAGGACUACCACCGAAGAGUUGACUCUAGACCUGAAAUCGAGCAUGGAUCUUACUGAAGCGCUGCGUCUUCAGAUGGAAGUUCAGAAACGUCUUCAUGAACAACUUGAGACCCAGAGAAAGUUGCAAUUGCGAAUUGAAGAACAAGGGAAGUAUCUUCAGAUGAUGUUUGAAAAGCAGUCUAAAUCCAAUACGGAGAAGGUGCAGGAUCUAUCCUCGGGAGCUACAACAACCCUAUCAUCUGAACCAAGCCAUCCUGCAACCAGAAAUAGGGGUGAUGAUGCAGCUGAUGACCUAAAUAGAACAGGAGAGAACCCCGUGAGUGCCGAAAUAGGAGAAACUUUGAUGCAUGCAGGUGGCAACCAGGAGAUGGCAGAAAGCGAGUCUUCUGAGCCCCUUGCAAAUACUAAUGAUGGUUCCAAGGCCCCGCAAGAGAAGCGCCGAAGGGUGCAUGAUAGUUAACCAUCAGUUUGGUAAUUCAGAUGAUAGCAGUUCAGUCAACAUAUAAUAGGUAAAAAAUGGUUCCAUCCCUGCGUCGAUGCUGAUCUGCAAGUCUAUUGAGCCUAGCCACCUUAAUUAUCUAAAUGGAAUCUUUUGGUGGCCGCUUGUAUAAACUGCUAGCAAUAAAUCAAAUUAUCUCCUGACGCAUGGUAAUUGGUAAAUAAGUAUGCCUUGUGGUCUAGCUAUCCUUCUAGAUAUAUAGUUGUUGUUAUUUGAGGUUUCAAGCGGCAGAAGACUGAACUGCUAGAAAGCUAGUCUUUGUCUUGAUGCUCAAGAUAUUGAGAUACCUGACCCCGUUUUGGUUUGGGUGUUGCAAUUUUUAGAGUUAGCUACGUAUUGGCUGAACUCAUGAUGAUUACAAAGUUUUGUGUUAUAAGA